AUGGAUGCACCAAUCACUUCAACUAACAAAAUAACGGUUACUAAUGCAGCAAGCAGCAAAGUAUUGCUAGCAGCCAUCAAACUCACCUUUACUGGUGGGCCCAUUAUCAUGGCAUGCAAUGUACAACCACAACAACAACCACAACAACAUCAGCGGCAAAACGAACAGAACAACUCAUUAGAGCAUCAAUGUAUUAGGCAACUGCAAAAGCAACAGCAACAAUCAUCUUUGCAACAACGUCAUCAGCAACAGCAACAUUAUCGAAGUCAGCAGCAGCAUCUUCAACAACAACAACAACAACAACAAUUGCAGGCAAUCAAGCAGCAGCGCAGUUCGGCAGAAUGCCAACAAUUGACGCAACAGCGAACGCGCUCGUUGCAUGCAACGCUUAAAUUGUUGCAACGACCCUCGACCACCGUAACGCUGUUGUUGCAAUUGCUGGUGUUGUUGUCGGCAAGCACAACGGCACGUGGCGAAGGCAAUGUCG